AUGUCUCCAAUCCCAUCAACCGAUCUGCUUCUUAGCCUCAGCAAACCCCUGAAAUCAAGACUUGGGUGCAAGACCUGCAAAUCCCGAAGGGUCAAAUGUGGCGAGGAGAAGCCAAAAUGCAUUCGAUGUACCAAAACCGGUCGGAAAUGUGAGUACGACAAUAAAAAGGGUCUCGAUCGUUUUUCUUCGGCCCCGGGACUCGAGCUCUCCAACUUGUUCGACUCGCCACUUUCGUCAACGCCUAAUACAGUCUGGCGUGAGCGGCGCGCUUUCGCUUAUUACUUUCAAGACGCUGCCGCUUCUGUUGGUGGUGGAUUAGAUAGUACUUUCUGGCGUACGGUUGUCCCGCAGGUUUGUCGGAGUGAACCCGCCGUUUGGGAUGCAAUGAUCUGCAUCAGUGCAUUAUUUGAAAGCCCCGAUCCAUGUCCCGAUCUUAUAUCUUCUUGUCGGCUUUCUCGGGCUCUCAAUCAAAACCAACAAGAUGCGUUAGACUGGUAUGCCCGAUCUGUUUCUACAGUUCGGCAAGGCAUCGAACGUGGCAGCGUGGAUACUUUUGUCGGACUGAUUACAUGUGUCUUGUUCAUCUGCAUCGAGUCCGUCCUGGGGAGCAUAAAUGAAGUUAUACGUCUUUAUGGUCAAGGCGCGAUGCUCAUCGCCUCACUACGUGAGCAAAAAGCCUACGACAAGUUAGGCUUGCUAAGAGAAACCAUUAUUCCAACCUUUGUCCGGCUAGGAUUAUUCUCCCCGAAAUCAGCUUGGCCAAUCGUACAAUCCUUGAUACCAGAAAAUUUUCCUGGCAAUUUGAAAUCCCUGAGUUUACAAGAGUUCUCAUCGCUCAAAUCUGCUCGCGAUGCUAUUGUUGUUCUUGCUACAGAAAUUCCUGUCCUUGAAAAUGAAUGCGAAGACUAUUUACAGAAGUCUCUUGCUUGGUGUAUAUCUGACGAACUAAUUUACCGGCAAAAGGACUUACAUGUCAGAUUGGCACACUGGCACACUGCUUUUAUGAACUUAACGAAAUCUCUCCGCGGCACGAAAGACGGGUUAUCACCAACGCAAGUCAGCGUCAGUGCCCUUCUUGUUACAUAUCAUGAAAUGUUACUUGUCAUUCUCUCCGUCUGCGUCUCGCCCUUACGAAACACCACCGAUGCCCACACACAAAGCUUCCAAACAAUUAUUGACCAGGCCACCAUCUCUCUGAAUAAUUCAAUCAGAGGCAAUGGCUCAUUGGCUCCUUAUACCUUCGAGAUCAGUGUCGGCCUCCCACUCUGGUUUACUUGUCUAAGAUGCCGCGAUCCAGCUAUUCGGCGCACAGCACUUACUCUCCUAUCAAGAUCGCAUCAAAUUCAGGGGCUAGCCAAACGCGAACACGGUACAAGUUUAGUCGAGAAAGUAGUGGCUCUUGAGGAGGCUCAUGCCAUGUCAGCAAUGGAUUCAGCGCUCAUAAAAAGGCGCGGCACCACACCUAUCAUAGGAUCACCCUCUUAUCAAGAUAUGAGUAGCCCGAUCAGUCCAUACAAAGCGUCGCAAAUCAAGUUUAUUGCGAGUCCGUCCCCUCCACUUACAGAGGUUGAUAAUGAAAUUGGAGGUCAGUAUUCUUUGUUCAUUCCACAGCAAGCGCGUAUAAGACCUCAUGGCGUCUUUCGACCGCGGGAUGGCUUUCCUCCUGAGGCAACCAGGGAGGAUAUUGCGCACUGGGGGCGAGAUGAUGAUCAAUUUUAUUUGCAAUUUUCGUGGAAUGAAUGUGACCAGUCUAAUGAGACAUGGGAGAUGGUGUUUGGAUAUAUCCCGAUCGACAUUCCAAUCUAA